UGGGAGAAAAGUUUUAAGUGAAGAUUUGCCUUAAGGUUGUAUAGUGUACUUUGGUCUGCUUCGGUCUUUUUUUCAGUGAAUAAAAACAGGUGGAUUUAAAAAAAUAACGAAUAUUUAAUCACGUUUAAUUUCUACUUAAGUGAAAUAGAAAAGUAAUUUCUUUGGAUGAUUAUUUUGUUAAUUCUUCAUUAAAUUUUUAUUUUCUGUCUUUUAAUUUUUGUGAUCGUCAUUAUUUAUAUCUACAUAUAUACAUUAUAAAGUCCGUAUUAUUGUUAAAAAUAACGAUGUCGAAAAUUGUAGCAGGAAAGAUCGCUUUUGUCACAGGUGCCGGUAGUGGCAUUGGAAAAGCCACGUGUCGUAUUUUGGCUAGGGAGGGAGCAAAAGUCAUUGCAACUGAUAAAAAUUUAAAAGCCGCCGAACAAACUGCAUCGUUUUUAGAAGGUUCAGGACAUUUGGCAAUGGAAAUUGACGUCAGUAAUACAGAAAGUAUAGAAAAUGCAUUUAAAAAAUGUGUAAAUCAUUUUUCAAAACCACCAACUGUUGUUGUUAAUUCUGCUGGUAUAACACGUGACAAUUUCCUUUUGAAAAUGAAUGUUGAUGAUUUCGAUGAAGUGCUGAAAGUAAAUUUAAAAGGCACUUUUAGCACAUGUAAAAUUGCUGCUAAUCAAAUGAUUGAAGCCGGUGUUUCUAAUGGCGCAUCAAUAAUUAAUAUAUCGUCGAUUAUUGGCAAAAUAGGAAAUAUGGGACAAUGUAAUUAUGCGGCAUCGAAAGCCGGUGUUGUCGCUCUAACAAGAACAGCUGCCAUGGAAUUUGGAAUGUUUGGUAUUAGGGUGAACGCAAUUCUUCCUGCAUUUAUUGAAACUCCAAUGAUUGCUAGUGUUCCUGAUAAAGUGAAAGAAAUGUUUAUUGGUAUGAUUCCAUUAAAAAGAACAGGGAAACCAGAGGAAGUUGGGGAAGUUAUAACAUUUUUAGCAUCGGACAGAAGUUCCUAUGUUAAUGGAACAAGCAUUGAAGUUACUGGUGGACUUUAAAUUUAAAUAUUAUAUUUAGUGGAUAUAAUUUUAUACAUUGUUUUGGGGAAUAUUUUUUUUUUUUUGUAUACUUAUAAUAUAAAAUAUAACAACGAAUUGAAAUAUAGAAAUUAUUUUUAAAUACUAUACCAAAA